UUCGUUGCUUUUCAGUAUGCAGUCGCGGCAGCUCGUCCUACGACGCUUGAGCUGGCUUGCUGCGCAUGCGCGUUGCAUCAAUACCUCACUGCAGUAGUAAUAGGCAAAUAUCCCACCGUGAGCCGGGAUCCUGAGAGCCUGCUAGACAUGAGAAGGACGCUCCAGAAAAGUGGAUGAUUCCUUCAGCUCUGUUUGAAGGGGGUUAUUUAACGGAGAUUUCCCUUCAGAGAUGCAAAGCUACCUUGAUUUUGGGUUACUUAUGGGAGUCAUCUGGUCAACCUGGACCAUUUCCAACACUUCUUCAGCAGACAUUUGCAAAUGCAACAUUACCUUGUGUGAACAACGAUGUAACGUCUCUGAAGACGUCCACGGUUUGAGCUGCUUUGGGAAAAGGAUUACAGAUGUUAUUAAACAUUACAACUGUGUCUGGAAUCCUGGAAAAUAUGAUACCUAUUCUCUGUACAUAAAGCAGAGAAGAUGUCAACCAAUAUAUUCAACAAACGAAACACUAAGCAGUAAGUUAAAGCCAUUUUCUCUGGUGUGGGACACAAACCUGACAGCAGUCGCCUCAGCGGUAAGCAGCGAUAAUAAAAGGUGCACCUUCGCAAAAUUCAGCGGACAGUCAUCAAAAAUAAUACAGUGUGGUCCGCCUUCCCCUGUGAGUUUCAAGCGAAGUUACGGUCAUUUGAAUGUCACGGCUGAGUGGGACGACUGGAACGUAAAGCAGUAUCAUUUGAAGUACAGGGAACACAACAGCACUGUGUGGAAAGAGGUGAAGUCCCAGAACAGCAGAGACUGCACUGUGGGAAAUCUUGUCACUUCUCAAUCAUAUGAGAUGCAGAUUUGGUGUGUUGUAACUACAGAGUGUCCUCAGUGUCCUUUGAGUGACAUCAUCAGCAUCCCACCAGAGUUGACAGACGCACCUGUGAUAACAGAAACUCGUUACGAUCUGGCCGAAACCGGACUGAGAAAGAUUACCGUGAAGUGGGAGUAUGUCCACAGUCAUGCAGUGGAAGCCUACAACGUGACAGUUCAGAAGGCAUCUGGGGAACCUGCGAGAGAAAGCAGUUAUCUCCUCAAAGUGCAAAGUGUCACUUUAUUUCUGUGCUAUUCGGCUUAUAAGCUCAGCAUCAGUGCUUUAAACAAAGCCGGACUGUCGCCCGCCGCGCGCUUGGACGUGGACGCCAUGGAGGAUCAGAGCGAUCUGGAUAAAGAUUUUAACGUUACACUGAUCAGUAAUAACAGCUUCGGUCUUUCGUGGAACAACAUGUGGACCAAGAAAUAUCAUUGCUAUUCUGUCGAGUGGUGGGCAAAUGAUGAGGAAUUAGCUUACAAACCCUUCUACGGGAUGGAAAACUACCAUACUAUCCAGACUCAGAACGUUGCAUUUCAGCCCUAUAAGAGAUACCACUUUUUCCUGCACGCCAGGCAUGAAAAAGACACCUGCAACCUGAAGUACGUCAAUAACAGUGACCAGACGUUCGGAAGAACCCAGGUCUACCUCAGUGAAGGAACUCCACUCACUGCUCCGGGGAACAUCAGCAGCUCGAAGGUCACCCAGAAUUCCUUUGUGAUCACGUGGAGCCCGGUGCGUGAGGAGGAACUGCGUGGCUUUCUGCAAGGUUACAUCAUCCGCUACACACAAGACAGCAGCAAUAAAGAUGUGUUGCCAGAUAUCACGGUGAAGCCUAGCAUGAACAGCUACCAGUUGCUGAAUCUACGAAGCGGAAGUAUUUACUGCGUGGAGCUGUCUGCCUUCACGGCAGCCGGGGAAGGAAAGCGGAGUGAAUCCAAGUGCUUUGAUACACUGGACUCGGUGCCUGUUGGUGGAAUGUUAGUAGGAGUCAUUGCAGGUGUACUUGUGCUGCUACUGGCCACUCAUCUCUGCUUUAGGCUUUUAAAAAGAUCCAAGAAAAUGUUAUGGCCGAGUAUACCCAACCCCUGCAACAGUAACGCUGUACAGAAAAUCGAAGGCGGUCAGGACCUGGAGGUGAUGGAGCUUCUGAGCAGGCCUCAUCUUGAAGAGACGGAGGAACACGUGUUUGUAUUAGAGGCCAAAAAGGAGACACCGUCCACCUGCUGUGUCUCUCAGGACUGGACCAAGGUCACUCUUAUGCCUAAUACGGCUCCUCUCCCAGAGGGAAACGAACCGAUUUCAUCUUCAACAGCUUCAACUACACCUAAGGAUGCUUCACCUAUGGAGAGUAAUCAUUUAGACUCUAUAGAAGACCCGCCUGUCGGAGCUAAGGAUAUAAAGGACGCGCCUAGCAUAUUAGGAACACCGUCCGUCUCCACAGCUGUAGCGAACCCAACAAGUGCUUUCAUGAGCGAUUACACCACCAUGGAGCUUUUCCAACAAAUCACCAACGGCAUGCCUCCGGCUCCUUCCGGCUCCGGAGCAGCGGCUCAGAACUACCUCCGACAGUCGCUGUCUUUAUCCCAGAGAGUGGGAACAGCUCCUGAUCCAACAUACCUUACAGAAAGUAUAUGUCUUUAACUGUACAUAUAUAUCUCCAGUUUAUAAACCUAUAAACAUAACCACAGAACUCUUCUUUAAUAUGUAUUAGGGAAUAUUUAUUCAUUUUAAAAUGUACAUUUUCUGUUUCCAAAAAUAGGUCAAAAUGUGUCCACGGACUCGCACUGCACCAAAAACAAAUAAAUCUAGGCCAACAAUCCAUUUCAAUAGUUAUACAGUGGAGUGCAAAAGUUUAUACCCCCUCCCCCCCAUGUUUAGAAAAAAGCAUAUAUGUAUUUUUUAAUUUUAGAA